ACCCUGUUAGGGCAGAAGAGUCCAGGAUUGGCAGCAGAACGGACACUCAUGCAUGGUCCCCCAUCCAGGGAUGGGGCACCUGGAUUCGUGGAGGAAGAGAGUAUCUGGGGAUGCAGAUGGGUAGGAGCUGGGCAUCUCUGAGGGAGUGGAGUCGGGGAGAGGGAGAUGGUCUGCACUUACCUGAUCGCUGCUGGGCCUGGGCCUGCACUCCUGGAUCAGCAGUCCCCGCUACCUGGGGACAGCCAAGCCAGCUGAGCAGGAUGAGGCAAAAGACCCCCAGGCCUAGCCAGAGAUGAGGAACUUGAGGCACGUGACUCACCCCAGGCCAUUUAGCCCAGCAGAACAAGGGCUAAGUUUCCUGACCUCCAGGCCAGUCUUCAGUGCCUGACCUAAUGGCAGUUUGUGAGACACAGAAUAAUGGUAUAUGCCCUUAUCUAUAUGGGGGCUUGGUACUGGAGGGGCUCCUGCUCCUGGCUGUGGUUAUUCUGUUCGCCUGCCUGUGUCGGACCCAGCGGAGAGAAGUCCCCAGCCAUCCGCACACGCUCUGGGUGAGGAAGGUGGUAGAAGUCGGUGGGAGAGGGAAGGGGAGAGUGUCCAGAGAGGCCAGGACUUGGGCCACGGGAACCACAGGGAAGUCAGCUGUGAGGAGGCUGGAGAGGACCUGGCACCUUGUGCCCGGGCCCCAGGCCCAGCUCUCCGAGCAGGAGCUCCACUAUGCAUCUCUGCUGAGGCUGCCAGAGCCCUGCCGGGAGGAGCCUACCCUCAACAACAGGAAAGUCUCCAAGGAGGACCCCAGCACCGACUACGCCUGCAUUGCCAAGAACAAACCCACCUGAGCACCCCCAGUGACCUCCCUCUUCCAGGCGGGAGGUCAGGGCCAUCUGUGGUUCACCCAGUAAAGACAACGAUCUCA